AUGUCACUUGCGAACGUUGUGUGUUCUGAAGCUGAGGGUGUGGCGGAUCGCCGCCUGGCGGAGCUAGCUCCGUCAGCGGCCCCAUCCGGCCCCCCACCACCGACAACCCGGCCACUUCCACCGGAUUCUGAGAUGGCUAGUUCCUUGGACGCAGCACCUUCGCCUGCGAGUGCUACGUCUUCCGCUGGCGGCUUGCCGCCGACGCCGACCUCUUCUACUGAUUCUUCUGGGCGAUGUGGCAUCGAUUCAGGAAUCGAUGCCGCCGCCCUUAGGCGGUUAGAUAGGGCACAUGGCGCGUCAGGGCCCCCUUCACGUGGGACCAGCCCGCGCGCGCCGAGGCAAAGACAGGCUUCACCUUCCCCUCGUCCCUCGUCCGCACUCGACAUGCCGGACAUUUCCGACGCUGUCAACGUGUCCGAGCAUUCGGACUUCGACUCGCUCGACGGCCACAUGGACGACAGCGACAUCGCGGAGGGCCUGGAGGAACACCUCACCGCUCUCCGUGACGCUGCAGAGGAGGAGGGCCUGCAGGUCGACCCUGUUCGGCUUCAGACCGCCCUCUUCCCGAACAUGGCUGCCGCGACCGCCGACAGCGAUGCCGGGUGCGGGAUGGAGUUCGAUGACGACCAUCGGCGCCCGGUCGCUGCGCGCCGGAAGAGGCAGUUAGCCUCCUCAUCCGACUCUGAGGCCCCUCCGCCCGCUGACCGCGGCCUACCCACGAAGAAAAUGGCCAUUGUUGAUGCGGAGGGCUUCCAGGUGCCGCGCAAAACGGCACCUCGUCGCCGGUUCACCACGUCCUUGGCGGACGUGCCCGUCAGCAACGCGUUCGCGGCUAUUGAUGGUGCCGCUGACUCCCCCCUCACUCCCCCGCCCCCCCGUCAUCAGCCACCCCUCCUGCCCCCCCGCCCAUCUACUUACAACACAAGGGCCCGUUUACCGAGCUUGAAAACAUCCUCAUUGCUCACACGAAAUGCCCCUUCCGCUUGA